GAGUGCGUCGCUUCAGUAUCGAACAAAGCAAACACAGGAACAUUAUUAAGCAUGAUCAUCCCGGACAUAGUACCUGGCUGCUGCUCGGCCUCGACCUGAUCGACUGCGUAGACUCGGGCCUGCUGUCUGCCCCUCUGCUGCUGUUGCUGGGGUGGCCUCUGAGCCUGCUGACGGGGCUGCUGCUGCUGUGGCUGCUGAGGCUGCUGUGCCUUCUUCGGACAACGGUUAGCAAAGUGUCCGGGCUCGUGACAGUAAUAGCAUAUAUCUUGGCCGAAGCGACACUCGCCUCGGUGAAGUCGUCCGUAUGUGGGGCACGGUGGAACCUGCUGCUGUCUCUGUCGGGUCCUCCUGUCGGUCUAUGCGCCCUUUCCCUUCCUCUUCUUCUCCUUCGUCGGCUGGAACCGGGUACCCUGAUUGAGCGACAGAAUCUCCAUCUCGGCUCUGUAAUAAGUGGGGUAGUACUUCUCGCGGAUCAGCUCCUUGAGCCUAUCCCAGGUACAACCCUCUUUCUCGCCGGGACGCAUACUCCAGUAGGCAUUCCACCGGAGUCGGGCAUCAAGAAGUUGAACAUGGUCGUGGCAUGCGCACCGUGCGCCGCUGAUGCGGAAGUGGCUAGGCAGCUCAAGAACGCCGCCAGUCGGGCCUACCAUGCGCGCAAGAGGAAAGCACGAGUGACGGCAGAAAUGCGCGCACUGGAGGGUAGUGCGCGCCAAACGGGCGAAGAUAACCAGCGCACGGGCGCGCGGGCGGAAGGCGAGGACGUCGGCAAAACACGCGGCCGCAGUAGGCGUGUAGCAAACGCCUAUCACGUGCAGACAAAGGGCACGGUGGACGCGGGCGUGGGUGAACAGGAUGCGCGGGACGCGGUGCUUGGGAGCGCGCGCGCAAAAGAACCGCGCGACGGGGUAGCACGCACGCGCGAGCCCUCAGUCCUCGAGGAAUGCGGACAGCCGGGCGGGGCGCACGCCUGC